AUGCCCCCAAGCGGCUUCUCCCACCAACGCUCCCAAUCCACCUCCUCCCUCCCACCCUCAUCCGCCUCCAUCGUUGGCUCCUCCUUCGGCAUCCACGCCCGCCACGCAUCCACCUCUCUUGCCCGCGGGCCCGGCGCGCACAUCACCCGUCCCACGAGCAUCCCCAGUUUCCGGGGUUAUUAUUAUUAUUACUCGCUGUCGCUGAGGACCGGGUCGACUCAGGACGUGGGAGGAUUGUUGGCUGGUCCGUUGCUGGGUGGUCGGCAACAAGCCGAUAAGGACGCAAAGGAGAAGGAGAAGAAAAAGAAGAGGGGUACGCAGGGGCAGGGCAAGGGAGGAGGAGGAGGACAGGGAGGGGGAGGCGGACCAGGUGGUGGGAAGGGGACUGGUUUUGAGGUUCGUGAGGGGAUGAGUCAAAACAUGGACACCACGAUGAACGAACGGGGGGCGGCUGUGGCUGCAUCUGAUGGCAAGAGGGUUGUGGUGAUGGUUGAGCGGAUAAAGGUGAAAAAGCGAAGCAACUUUGAGACUCUCAUCAAGUUUGGGACAGAUGCCUCUGGUCUCGAACGUACCUUCCGCCUCUUCCAGGCCCUCGCCCAAUGCAUCGCCCACAUCCCCUCCAUCCGCUCCAUCUUCGUCCUCAUCCUCUCCUCCCUCCGCAUCCUCCUUGGCUUCUUCUUUUUGAGCAGCACAUCCAACUUAUCUCCACCCUCCAAAGAACUCUUUUCCCCGUCAGCCAAAGCAGAAUCCCAAGUCAUCACCACUGCUCUAGGCGUCCGCUCAAGAUUAGCACAAGGCCGCCGCUUCUUCAGGAUCUUUCGCUUCUUGGACAGUUUUCAUUCUGCUUCGACUCUCUAUUACCAGUACCAGGCACAAACUGAAAUCGACAAGAGCGAGGUGGGUAUGUACUGCAUGUGGUUGGACAUCAUGUCCAAGAGUUUCAAUGGGAUGUACCUCCUCUUCGAGACGCUGGGAUUCUGCGCGGCGCUGGGCGUACCGGGGCUGGACCCGUGGGGCCCAGAGGUCAAUAGGUUUUUGCAUGUGGAAGGUCAAAGGUUUUGGUUGUUUGCGCUUGUUUGCGGGGUGAUUGGGGGUGUGGUCAGGCUGGUGUAUGACCGCGACCUGGCUGGUGGUGGUGGUGGUGCUGCCAGUGAUGGAACUUCUGAGACGGAAAAGGAGAACGAGACAGGAACACAAGCGGAUGAUGGGCAUGGCAAUCAACUCAAGGAGGAGGAGCGCCAGCGUGCUGCGUUGGAACAAAGGGCAGAAGAGGAGCAGAGGAUGGCGAUUCGGAUGGAUCGUCGUAUGCGGACCAAACGUAGGAUCACGGCUGAUUUGCUUGAUCUUGCUCAGCCGGGUGCUGUUGUUGGGUGGUUUCCAGACUGGCCGGGCAUGAUUGGGCUUAUGAUGGUUGGAAGUACGUGGCUUACUGGCGUAGAGGUGUGGGAGAAGUGUGCGCAGUGA